CAAUGGCACUGGCGCUGCAGAUGAUUGAUUGAUGAGAUAAAGCAGUUGUUGCAGUUAAGCGGAACAGAUGAUAUCAGCAACAUAGUCAAUGAUUUGGCGGUGAAAUAGGGUUGUAAGAAAGGCAGAACAACCGUAGGCAUUCAUGCUUCUAUUGCUGCGUUUACAAGGAUAAAGAGUCAGAAACGGAAGCGAACGCGAAAGAGAUGAGAUAAUAAGUGAUUGUAUAGAUCACUUGUUUUUGGUCAUUUGGAUCACCGGAAGAGUUUUGGGUAGCUUACUCUUUCCGUAUCAUUUUAAGUGGUGUUUAAAAAAAAAAUUGUUUCAUUUUAAGUGGUGUUUUAAAAAAAAAUUGUUUCAUUUUAAGUGAUUUUUUAAAGUUUUCAUGUAAAAAGUAAAUGCAAUUUUAUGUUUUUGAUUAUUUGUAUUCUGCAGUACAAUUUUUUAUUGGUUGAAUUAUAUGUACUUAUUGUUGUUUUUAUAAAAACGAGAAAGAUUGAAUAAAAUUUUGUAAUUUUUUAAUCGGUGCGCAAAACCUUAAAACCCACUUAUUUUGAUACAUACGGAGUAAUACUUUGAUAUGUUCUGCACCAACCACUGGUGUCACUUUGUUUUUUUUUCCUUGUGUUGUGCAAGUGUAAAUCUUUCUCUCACUUGAUACCUAUCAUACAUACCUAAUUUACCUUUGUAAUUGAACAAAAUCAAAUUACUCGAACGAUAAGAAAUAUUCAUGUCGUAAUUUCCGUUAAUAAAACUGAACUUCUCAGACCUAAAGUCAAAGCAAACUAUCAUAGAGGUUCGGCUGGGUGCAUAUCUGAUAUACAAAACACCAUUUAUGCAUAUAUCACCAAUCACCAUGUAUUCCAAAAUUCUCCUCAGAACUGAAUUUGCUUUCGAUCCUUCUCCAUAAACGUUUUCCAGUUUCUAGUGUCAAAACAUGAUGAGUAUUGGAGGUGGUCUUACACAACACUUUGAACUGUCUGCCAAUUGGAUCAUAGCCGAAAUAAAACCUUUCAGUCUUCGUGGGAUUACUCUUAGGCUCUUUCACUUUGGGUAAGUUUUUUUCUUUUAGAGGUACUUUGGGUAAGGUUAGGAACUCUCCUGUCACUGGGUUGUAAAUCACAUGCACCUUUCUUCUCCAUUUAGAUGUAAGAAAUACUAAUCCACAUACCAGAGUGUGGUAACCACUUACCGGGUGGCUACAAGAGAAGAGUUCUCAUUUGGAUUUUGAGGCUGAGGUGUAGUGAUAAGAUCAUGGCCAACAAUGGGACAGGGAUAUGGCACGUUGGCUCAUGUAUUAGUGGGAAGUCUCCCACUUGUUCAACAUGUUCUCUAGUUGUUUAGUUGGAAGUUAUUUAGUUGAUACUGUUAUUUAGUUGUUGUUUCCUAUUCGACUCUCCAGCCGGUGUAGCGGCGAAGCACAAAACAGACCCGGUUAGGGUUCUCCUUGUCGGGCCAGGGCUUCGUUUGGAUCUUUGAUUAGGUCAGUCGGGUUCCCACAGCGAGGAGACCUGGUGGGAAAUUGGUCCUCCCAGUGCUUAGAAGACUAUUGGUCCUUUUGAGCAGGUUAACCUCCAUCUUUUUUUUGCAAGAUUUGAAGACUUGAUCUAGAUGUUGUCUACAUCGCAGUCCGUCUUUUCCCGAGUGGUUGGUCGCUUAGUGCUCUUGCGGGUCCAUGCGACUUCUCAUCCUCGGCCGUUGGACUCUAGUGGAUUUUUAGAGCUUCAUUAUCAUUGGAGAGCAUAAAAUUUAGGAAAUCGUCAAACACCAGCUACUCCGCAAGGUCACGAGAAUGCCGGUAGCCGAUAAACGAGGUGAAUGCCAUCCUCUUGUGGUUACCAUUAAAAGUUAUGAACAAAUGUUGAGAACUGUGUUUGAUAUUUUGAGGAUUACAAAGCGGAACCCGCUGGUAUGGUGGUUGAGUGAAGCUAGUUAGGUUAAUUUUACUUGGAUGGUUGAAUCAAGCUGGUAAUCGACAUUUGAAUUCUCAAUUUCGAAUUGAUAAAUAAUGUAAAUUAUUAAAAGAGUAUACUUAAUGAAAUCUAUAAUUGUAUUAUAGUUCCAAUAAUAUUUCUUGUAAAACACAUACUAACUAAAUAUUGUUUCUAUAUUAUAUUUUAUAUUAGAUGAAUACAUGCAUUCUAAAUUUCCAAUAAAAACAUAUGUGAAUGUGUGAUUUGUAAAAUAGAUAAAACAAUAAGUAACUGAUAUGAUCUUUAAGAAGAUGUUCAGUCAUUAAUUUUAAAAUCUAAUUUUUUUAGGUUUUAUGAUCUUAACGGAUUUGAAAUUUAAUAUUAUUUCUAAAUGACUUAAUGUACAAAAAUUAAAAUCACAUAGUUUUAAAUAACAAUAAAUUUUAAUAAAUGAUUUGAAAUAUUAAUUGAAUAAAAUGAGAUUUAAAAAUUUAUGAUACAUGAUUAAAAAUAUAAAAUCUAAUAACAAUAACAUUUUUACCAAUAAAAAUCUAAUAGUAAUAAAAUAUUAUUAUAAAUGAUUAAUUUAAUAACAUUAUAUCUGGAUUUCAGUUCUUUUAAAAUGCAUGAUUGAAUAACACCCGUGUAAUAAACACUGAAAGAUUUUCAAAAUACACAGAAAUGUAUAAAGCAGAUAGAUAGCCGAUUCCUAAGAUCUUCUUAAAUACUACGGCACACCGAGAAUAACAGUACGAUAUUUUCAGAACCCAUAACCGCAGCCGAUCUAUGUUCCUGUUUCACUUCCAGUUUUAGGUAUCAGUGACUGUAACAAUCAUCAUGAUGGUAAAUCAAAGACAAGGAAAAGGUGAAUACAUUCAAUGGAGACCAGAAGAGAGCAAAUUGCUGAUUGAGCUAGUAGCAAGUUGCUUCAAGGAGGGAUGGGCUGAUCCCAAUGGAAAAAUGUUCAAGAAAACCGUUGAGACAAAGAUACUUUCAGUUCUUAACGACAAAUUUAAUAGCCGGAAGACUUAUAAGAAUUUUAACAACCGAAUGAAGAUCUUGAAGAACCAAUACCGAGAUUUUGUCAAUCUUCUGCAUUUUGAUUCUAAGGUUCAAUGGAAUCCAAUCACAAAGAAGUUCACGGCUCCUGAUGAAGUGUGGAAUGCUUACCUUAGAGAUUUUCCUAAUCAAAGGCAUAUGCGUAACGAGAAAUAUGAAGAAUAUGAGAAUAUGAAACUAGUAUUUGGGGGAAUGAGGAGACUUGCGAGAUCACAUUCUCAACCAUGCGAAGUGAGAAAGAACGAGAUACUGAAACAAGAAGUGGAUCUUACUAAUGAUGAUGAUGACGAUGACGAGGUUCAUGAAAUUCGUGAAACCGAAACUGAUGUAUUUGGUGAUUCAUCAAACUAUGCAUCAGUUAAGGACAAUGAUCUUUUGGCAAAGAUUUGCACAGAACUAAGAUCAGUUGAGUCAGCCACUAAACAGAUGAUGAUUCACAUAAUGCAAGGAAGAUCAAUGGUUGAGGAAAACAAGAAGAUCAAUGUUUGGGAGGCUAUCAAAGAGAUUCCUAAUUUGUCCAACCAUGUCCAAUACAAAGCUCUUUCCAUGAUUCAAAAGCUUGAAAUGAGAGACAUAUUUGUUAGUAUGUCUGUUGAAGAUCGUCUUGGUUGGAUUCAGUGGAAUACCCAACCAAAAACUUAACUCCAAGCUACAUGCAUCAAUUUGGUUUCUGUAUUUCCAUCAUUGAAUAUGAUUAGUAUUUUUUUUUCAAUAAACUGGUUAGAUUUUAUUGAA